GCAACCAAGCAGUGCGUCACACAUGCCCAGACCAGCUAGGAUCCCCUUCCACACAAUCAAUCAGGUAUUACAAAUCAGUCGCUCAAAUAAUAUUUACUCUCCAUGGGAAUCGUACAUUGAAUCCCGUCCCUGCGUUUUGAUUUCUUUGCUUUAUCCAAUUGUAUCCAAAAGUGUUUCACUCUGCAGAUACGAUUUGUAUUUUUCUUCGAGUCGCUUUUAAAAUAAUCUACAUUCAUUUUUUCUUUCUCAUUAAGCAGAUUUGCCAUAGUUUCGAAGUGUUGUUAGAAUAUAGCGAGAGCGCAUCACCAUCAUCAUUAGAGACCCAAAGCGAAGCUUUAUGGCUAUUGGAUAACGCAGACCUGCGGCUGUCUUCAAAGUUCGAUUUCGGACGUGCGGUUACCUUGUCUGUAGGAAAAAAUGAAAUCUGCUGAAGAGGAUAAAUACAGCCACACCCCCAACAUCAGUCUCUCCCUGGGCAAAUCCUGCCUGCCCUCCCAGUACCAAAGUCUCCAGUCUGGCCCCACCAUCUCAGUGUCCAUCAGCCAGCCUCCCAGCUACAGCGCCCAGAACGACAUGAGGACAGUGGGUUACUACUCAUCCCCUAGCAUCCAUCCAAACGAGGCCCCGGUCCUCGAGAGCCCUCGUAUUGAGAUCACAGCCUACGGGCAGUUUCCUGAGGAGGAGGUGGAAGAGAGCAACAACCUUCCUGUGCCUAAACAGGUCAACUCCAUUGUGACCCUGACGUUGCCCAACGCAGAUGGCUACCGUGACCCCAGCUGCCUCAGCCCGGCCAGCAGUGUGUCAUCACGCAGCUGUCACUCCGAGGCCUCGUCCUACGAGUCGGGCUUCUCCUACAACUAUGAAAACUCACCCCAGAACUCGCCCUGGCAGUCGCCCUGCGUCUCGCCCAAGGGCUCCUCCUCUCUCGCCCUGCCGGGUGAAGCUUGCACCCAUGCGGGCUCCCCACAUAACUCCCCCUCUACUUCCCCCCUCACCAGUGUCAUGGAUGACAGCUGGAUGGGCCAGCGAGGCUCCAGGCCCAACUCCCCUUGUGGUGGCAAGAGAAAAUACAGCUUCAACGGAACCGCAACCUACAAGUACCCCUACUCCCCCAACCAUUCCCCUGGGCCGUCCCCUCACACCUCCCCACGCCUCAGUGUCACAGACGAGUCCUGGAUGCCUAACAACACCAACCAGUACACCAACUCAGCCAUAGUUGCAGCCAUCAACGCUCUGACCACAGACGGUGUGGCAGACCUGGGGGAGGGCAUUCCUCUGAAGGCCCGGAAGACCAGCCUGGAGCCUGGGGAAGUCUGCCUGAAGGUAGAGCCUGGAGGAGAGGAGCUCAGCCCUGGGGAGCUUUGCCAGGAUGAGUACUCCUCCCGCCUGCCCUUAAAGAAGGAGAACUACUGUGGGAGGUUACUGGAUGUGCCAUCGCACCCAUACUCAUGGUCCAAGCCAAAGCAAUAUGUCAGCCCAUCUCUGCCAGCCCUUGACUGGCAGCUGCCAUCCAGCUCCGGGCCGUACAGCUUGCAGAUCGAUGUGCAGCCCAAAUCUCACCACCGCGCCCACUACGAGACCGAAGGGAGCAGAGGGGCAGUCAAGGCUCUGGCAGGAGGACACCCUGUGGUGCAGCUCCACGGCUACAUGGAGACCGAGCCCCUGGUCUUGCAGCUAUUCAUUGGCACGGCAGACGACCGUCUCCUGCGGCCCCAUGCCUUCUACCAGGUCCACCGCAUCACCGGCAAGACCGUCUCCACCCCCAGCCAUGAGACCCUGCAGUCUAACACCAAGGUGCUGGAGAUUCCACUGCUGCCCGAGAACAACAUGCGCGCCAUAAUUGACUGCUCCGGCAUCCUGAAACUUCGCAACUCGGACAUCGAGCUGCGGAAGGGCGAGACAGACAUCGGGCGUAAAAACACACGUGUGAGGAUGGUGUUCCGGGUUCACAUCAACCAGCCCACAGGAAGAACCUUGUCCCUGCAGGCUGCAUCCAACCCCAUGGAGUGCUCCCAGAGAUCAGCCCAGGAGUUGCCCCUAGUGGAUAAGCAGACCCUGCAGACGUGCCCUGCUGCUGGGGGAGAGAAGAUGCUCCUCAGCGGACACAACUUCCAGCACGAUUCCAAAGUGGUGUUCAUGGAGAAAGCCCAAGAUGGUCAUCACCUAUGGGAGACAGAGGCCAAGGUUGACAAGGACUCCUCCAAAUCUACAUCUCUUCGCAUUGAAAUCCCUCCUUAUCGGAACCAGAGGAUAUCCAGUCCUGUUCAGGUGAACUUCUAUGUGUGCAAUGGCAAGAGGAAAAGGAGCCAGCCCCAGGGAUUCACCUAUGUGCCUGCCAAUGUUCCAAUGAUAAAAAUGGAGCCGCAUGAUGACUGCGACCCCCCUCAGGUGUGUCCCAAGCAUUGCCCUGGCCUGGCGCUACACCCCAAGCCCUACUACACUCCACAGGUGAUGACCUCCAUGAUACCCACAGAACUCCGGCCGUGCAUGGGGGGUGCCUACCCCGCUUGCCAACAGAGACUGGGAGGGAAGCCUUCCUCACUGUCCUCCUCAUCCUCCCCCAGCACCAGUCCCAAACUGCAUGACCUGUCACCCACCACGCCCUUCUCCAAGUGCCUGUCAGCAGGCCCAUCCCAGUCUCCGAUCCCACAUGUCUCCAUUAUCCAGGAGACUCCUGGACGCUACCAGCCACAACCUGUCCUCUACCCACCCAGUAGUGCCUCAUCCUCCCCAGGCUCGCAGCCCUCUACCCCUGGCACCAGCGGUCCAGAAGCCCCAUUCUCCCCCACCCACUGCCUGACGCCGCCCCAGCCCAUCAGUAGCUCUAGCCCAGUGACCGAACAGCUACCCAAAGUGCCAGAGAGAGGCGGCCGCUCGUCGAGCCCCACGCUGGCUAUCAACAUCAAACAGGAGCCACAGGAACUGGACCAGAUGUACCUAGAUGAUGUUAAUGAGAUCAUCAGGAACGACCUCUCAAGCAUCUCCGUCCAAAGUCAUGCGUAGCACCACUUUCAUUAUGGACACAGAAGGACUGAGGGGGAAGAAAGAGGAAAAUACCAUACCAAUAAUUUUUACAUCAUCUGCAUGCUUGGACUAUAGUCUGCCCAAAAACCAACUAUGUGGAACAAACAAGAGAUUCAGCAUCCUGAAGAUCAGAAUCCAAUGUGUGCCUUUCAGAAGGUUCCGUUUCAGAGGAUUUUCCAGUGUACAGAAAUUGAAAAUGUAAUUAAAUGGCUGACCUCUUAGAAAAAAAUGUAUGUAGCACCGCCCCCUUCCAGGCUCAAUCCCAAGAAGUAUGCUUUUCAGUUGACCAAGGAGUGUUUUUUAACUUCUGUCUGCAGAUAUUGUAAAUUAUUGAAUGCCUAAGUGUGUGUUUUGUGUACAGAGCUUCAAAUUGCAUUCUUGGCUUUACAAUGAGAUAAUUUCAGCCAAAAGAAGUGCCUUUGACUGGAAGUAAAUGAGUAUAGGGAAACUAACCAAAUUUGAGGUCACAUUUUUUCAUUCAUGGUGAGAAUUAAGCACUUGUUCACACUCACCACUGAUAGCUUUACUUGCAUGUUACAUUUGACUGUUGAUCUGUUUUGUACAGCUUUGUAUGUUUGUGGCUUGAGUCAUCUCUUCAAGUGGCCUAAGGACUUAGAAAUGGCAUCUACAUUGAGUCCUUGAGUAUAGCGAAUUAAAAGCACAUGCCUUGAAAAAGACAGAGACCUCAAUCUGUUCAGGUGUAUAUUUAUUUUAAGGAAAUAAAACUAUGGCAAUGCGUUGCUAAGAGGAUUUUGAAGAUAUUCAACCAAGCUAGUGCCUUUUGCAAGUACCAGUGCUGCCUCUGUCCUGUUAGAACAAUGGAAUGUUUGCAUUUCAUAUUCUUGAUUAGCUAAUAGUCAGUUUGUGAUCGUAACACUGUUGCUUACUGGCUAAUGCUUGAUUUGCAUAUGCUUCAUAUGGUUGCCAUAUGCUAAUUUAAAUGUAUUGCCUUUACAUAGUUGUUACAUAGUUGUGUAGUUCUUGUCUACAAGAUACUAAGGGAAAGAAUUAUGCUUGAAAACUAAGUGAAUGGGAAAGAGCAACUGAUGCAGGUUUUCUCCACGCUAAUUAUGCCAUCCCUGAAACUCAGUUUUGUUAGGUUUGUUUUGCUGGUACAGACAGUGGGGGAAGCUGAUAAUACGUACAUUAGCAAUACUUAUUUCACUGAUAUGAACGGAAAGGAAUCAUCACACUUUGGUUAAAAUUGUAAAUUCUAAAAUAAUACCUUGAUACCUAUGCAGUAUGCAGGUAUAGCCUUUGUCUCUCAAAGAAUGUAUGCAUUUAAGAUUGUAAUAGGAAAAGGUUUGUCUCUUCUGCACAACUAUUUAAUCCGAAGAAUAGGUAACAAUUGUGAAAAGCAAUACAUUCUCAAAAACCUCAGAGAUGAACGUAUGUAUUUAUUCUUAUAGCAUGUAUUCUGUUUAUUCAAGUGUUUCAUGUUGCUCCUCAUAUUACCAAAUGGUUAACUGUAUAAUACACUGCAAUACCAAUAUUCCGUUUGUAGAAUGCACUAUAGCUAGACUGAAUACGUGAAACAUUUUUUUUUUGCUUUAUACUUCCAGCUUUGAUUGUAUCUUUAGCUAGCACAAGUUCCCUUAUUAGAACUGCAUAUGUUUAUGUGUAUUUAUAUUAAGUCUUAAUCCACAAACUUAAAAGCCAUAGAGCCAUGUUUACUGAAAAAUAACAAUUAUAUUGUUCAGAUAUGUAGAUUAAUUGUUCAAAGUUUUUUUGUGGGCUCCAAUUCUGCUUCAU